UCCAGGCGGGGAAGCUCAACUGCCAGAGCUCUCCCGGACGGUUCGCUAGAGGAGCAACUGGCAGGGUCGCACGGGUGUGUGGCGUCAGGUUUCUUGUGCCGCCCAUCAUGCUUGAAGUUUUUAGGGCCCCACUUAGUCCACAGGCUGUUCCCAGGCGCCGCAGUCCUCCUAGCUGCACCCGGAGCGGCUGUCGCCCGUCCGCGGAGGGUUGCCUGGCGCGCGCGGACGUCACACAGGACGCGGGAGCGACGGGGAGCCCCGCGGUGUGCGCAGCUCGCGGUGGGAAGGCGGAGGCGAGGUUGUCCUGCUCGCUGCCCACCAGCGCGCGGCCACGAGGACGAAAUCCUUAGCGCGGGCCGGAGAAGUAUGGAUCAUGGAAGUGAGCACACUUUUGCGUCCUUGAAAGUUGGGUGCGUUUUCAGGUGAAAGUGAGAUAAGUGCUUUUGAAAGGUGAAAGUUUGUCAUGCGACUGGAAAACAGUGUCAGGAACGCCCGUGACAUCUCCGAACGCCUGCAUUUAACCCAGUGUAGAAUCUCUCCGGAAUAGCGAGCCGAGUUGAAUACGUGUUUUAAAAAUCCAACAGGCCUUCUAUCAUUCAGCAGUUAAGAACGAGAACUUUUAAAAGUUUUGGUCAUCAUCCCUGGCAGCGCAAAAGAAGAAAUAAGCCGUGUUCAUCACCUUUAGUUCCUGUACAUUUUGAAGUGGAUGUUUCCCAUGAAAAUUUAGAAAAUAUGUCUGAACUGGAUACCACACAUAUCAGUGGUCUUUCUCAAGAUUUAUCUCGCUCAGAGUCUCCCUCCUGUGUGGAGAGCAGCCCCACUUCAUCUGUCCCUCAGAAUGAAAAAAGGGAAAAUGAAUCUAAACCCACACUUUCUGAGGAUAUGUGUAGCACACAAGACAAUGUGUUAGAUGAUGAUGACAUGGAAAGUUACACAGAAAACAUACAAAUCCAGCCAGUUGACAGCAGAAUUUCUUCCUUGAGACAGUCUGAACCCAUUUGCAAGUUUCACUGGAUAGCAGCAUUCAGUGAUGAAGUGUCGUUUCAAACUCCGGCAGAAGGCCCUUCUGCAGAGAGGCCAGAAUUGCAAAGUACCAUGUACACUUAUGCCAAAGACAGCACUGUAACUCAAGAUUCAUUUAAGGAAAAAAAUUCAGUGGCAGCCAGCAUUUCUACAGCUAAAGACCACCUUGCUCAUGAGUAUGUCACACAGUCUUCUAGAGGUCCCAGCCACUACAAUGAAGAGACCCUGCAGUGUAUGGAAAAGCCACUGGCUACAUGUACUGCUGUGGGAUCUAUCCUCAAGCCUAAUCAGCCUCAAAACUUUUUAUAUAAAGAAAGUGUCUCCAGAAAUGGUGAAGACCCAUGUUAUAGUGGAAAUAGCUUUAACCUGCAUGAUCUGAGACUUCACUAUAAGACAGAGGAGACUGAAGUUGCUUCAAAAGAAAUACAAAUUUCUGAGGAGAGUCCUGAGAUAUUAGCCAGUCACCGGGAGGAAGUCCUAGUGGAAGACUUGGAGAGCCCAAGGACUGGCUCAACUUGGGGCCCAGCAGGUGUGUGCAGGAGUGCUGAAGCCUCUCGGGAGACCUGUGUGAUGCCUGACACAGAGCAAAGCUUUGAAAGCUUCCAACUUCUGGAGGAGGACAUGGCUUUAAACGAAGCAUUACAGAGAUUGCAGCACACUAACAGAGAGCAGCAAAUGCAAAUCCAAGACCUUCAGUGUAGCAACCUGCAUUUACAGAAGAAGAAUAAGGAGCUGCAGAUGAAGAUUCUGAAACAGCCAUUGUUCUUUGACAUCAUCAAUAAACUCGAGAAGAAUAUGGAAGAAUUAAUUGAGGACAAGUACAACAUGAAGCUAGAGAAGAAUGACAUGAACAGGAAAUUGCAGAAUUUGCAAGAGAUUUUAGCUAUCACUGAAAAACAUCUACAGGAAUCCAGGAAAGAGAAGGAAACCUUACAGCUUGAAGCUAAAAAGAUCAAGGCCGAUUAUAUUCUUUUACAGGAAAAGUACAUGACUGAAGUUCAGCAGAAAAAUAGAUCUGUAAGCCAGUGUAUAGAGAUGGAUAGAAGCUUGAUCGAGAAAGAAGGGGAAGUCGAAAGACUGCAGCACCUCAAAGGAGAGCUGGAGAGGGCCACCACUUCUGCUUUGGACCUGUUGCAAAGGGAAAAGGAGACCCGAGAGCAAGAGUUCUUAUCUUUACAGGAGGAAUUCCAGAAACGUGAGAAGGAAAACCUGAAAGAGAGACAGAAAUUGAAAUUGAGAGUUGAGAAAUUGAUCGCUCAAGUUAAAAAUUUGCUACACAUGUGUGAAAAUGAAAAGGCUAAGAAUAGAAAACUCCAACAGCAGAUCAACGAGGUGAAAAAUGUAAACGCACAACUUCAAGAGCAGGUCACAAGGAAUAAGGAGCAGAAUUAUGUCCUAAAUGUUGAGAUUGCUCAGAUAGAGGAGAAAUUAGACGAAGGAAUGGAGCCAGAUAUUGCCAAGGACAUCACCUUUCCCCAUGCUGAACAUUUCAGAGAGAGUGAGAAAUUGAGUGAAGUAAUGCUGCAAAAGUUGAAGAGCCUUCAUGUGAAAAAGAAAGAUUUUGAUAAAGAGCUACUGAAACAUAAAGACAAAAUCUCAAAUUUUAGAGAGUUAAUUGCCAGUGAAAAAGCAUUUCAAGAUCACGUCGUUGAGAUCGCCAAUUUUGAUUCGGAUGAAGCCAAGAAAGUGAAAGAUGUUCCUAUCUUAUUGGGAGUCAAACUGGAUGAGUACCACAUUCUAAAUGAGGAGCUUGAUUCUGUGAUCAAGAAAUUGGGAAGCCUUGUAGAGUCGAAAGACCACCACUGCCACAAGCUCAUUGAAGAGAAUGACACGUAUCAGCGACAGUUAGGCUGCUUAAUAAGUAAGGUUGCAUCGUAUGAGGAAAUUAUCAAAUGUGCUGACCAAAGGCUCGAGGGAUCCCAUUCCCAGAUUGUGCAUUUGGAAGAGAGAAAUAAGUAUUUGGAAGAUUUAAUUAGAAGGCCCCCAGACAGAGCCAGAAAACUAAGAACAAGAUCAGAAAAUCAUCCAAAGUCCAUGACCUCGAACAUUUUGUUUCCCCUGCAAGACGUCUUUCUUCUCUCCGAGCAAGUGGGCAGGUUCUUCCUACCACCAGCCAACUUUAAGAAGACGAUAAUUCCAAAGUCCCCACCCAGGAUUUAAUUUAAGAUCUAACCCUUCUAUUUUCUCUCUUAACAUGGUUUUGAGGUAGUUGUGCAUUUAAAUAAAGGACCCAGAGACUUCUGAUUUCGGGAAAUACAGCAGGAAAAUAAAUGAAGACAUAACACACAUACGAGCUUUUUGAUAAAUCCAAGAACCACCCUGAAAGUAUAGCUGUUGAUCAAAAUAUAUGUUUUGUUUCACUGGAGUUAGAAUUGUAUUUAAUCAGAGGAAAAUAUAUAUGGAAUAUAUAACUGGUCCUGCAGGAAGUGCUGAAUAAAUAAAAGCUAUUAUCCUUGUGAUUUUUCUUGA